CGCUGAACAAGUUCAAAUAAGUUAGUAUCCUUAAUAAGACAUGGACCGGCAUCUUUGAUACAGUACCCUUGGUGUGGUCUGAUACAGGCAGUAUAUAAAAUCCCCCAAACGCCCUGGUACGGCAGAGAGUGGGGAGAGUCCGCUCUUCCUCUCGAAAUACUCUCACACGGCCACGCGUAUACAGCCUCUGCCAGGGAAGUCCUACUCAUUGCCUUCUCAUGGCGGGGGUGUUGUUUACGAAAACGAGAGGACGAAAAGCGAAUGUCCGGCGCUUUAACCGGACCCAAAACCAAUGGUGCACAUAGGCUCUAGUAUCCUGCGGGAACAAAUGGCGUAUGAACCAAUCGUUGGUCAUCAGCUACCAUGGGACUGCAUCUCCUUACGAUGCUCCACUGCCUUGUGGGUUAGACCUUUAGGUCAAAGGCUCGUGGUGUGGCCCCCUAAGAUAACCGCCUGCUUCGGUCUGAGCACCCGGGCAGUAUCACGGCCCACACACAAAUAUGAUGAACUGCCUAUAAUUAUGGAAACUACUUUACUUGCUUCCACUAACAAUCAAAUGAUUCAAAUUAUUAUUAUUAUUAUUUACCACAUUAUUCACCCUCUUUUAUACUUAUACAGCGGCGCGUCUUUGGUGGAAAUUCGACUGUAUCUAAACGUUCUCGAGUCACCGUCCGGUUGAAAAUUGUAUAUUACUACUGAUUAUGAGUACUGAAGCGGUUUUUCUGAAACCACGUGCACCAUUCAAACAGGCUGCCUUCAACGUUCGCACACUUAUGCAGGUUAGACAACAGAUAGGGCUGGCUAUGUGUUUGGAAAGUCUUAAUAUCGAUGUCUGCUGUCUAUCAGAGGUUCGUAUUCAAGACUCUAGUGAAGUACUAGAAAUUCGCUCUUUGUCUGUCGCUUCGAAAAGCUUGUUUUACGUGCGCUUAUCCGGGGACCCUGUGGCAUCUUCGUCUGGUCUUGCUGGCGUUGGUGUCACACUAAGCGCUAGAGCUGAGAUAGCACUAAUCGAUUGGAUCCCCAUUAACAGUCGGCUAUGUGCUGUUAGAUUAAAAAGUUCCAUCAAAGUGAGAAGAAAUCGGCGUAAGAAACGAUGUCUUUUCGUCAUCACCGCCUAUGCCCCGACAGAUUGCAGCCCGGAUGCAAUCAAGGAUGAGUUUUACCACCAGUUAUCUGUUCUUCUCCACAAAGUGCGUUCGACAGAUAUUGUAGUACUAGCCGGAGACUUGAAUGCUCAGGUCGGGCGUCUAGACACAGAAGAGAGGACUCGUUGGUCGCAGGUCAGAUAACGGGGACCGUCUACUGCAACUGUGCACAGACCACAACCUGUUUCUGGCUAGCACUAACUUUCGGCAUAGUCAUCGCCGAUCUGCCACCUGGCGUUCUCCCUCUGCAUCCCAAGCCUGGACUCAGAUUGAUCACAUCGCGAUCAGUUACGCUGGCGUGGUUGUGUACAAGACUACCGCCCCUUUUGGAGUACCUAUCUCGACUCUGACCAUGCCUUGGUCUGCGCCAAUCUUACCUUUUCAGUGGACAACGAAGUGACCCCCACCACCGGAUUGAUGUUAGCAAGCUGGUAGCAACUUCUGUUGCAAGUAAGUAUCGAACCGAGCUAGUUUCUAGGAUAGCUACCAUUCCACCGAAAAGUAUAGAUGAGCACUGGCUGCAAUUGCAUGACGCCAUGAAAAUGGCGGGUACAGUCAGUUGUGGGUUUGCGAAACGUCCCGCUUUUAAGCACUGGGUUUCUUCUGGUUCCUUACAACUCAUUGAAGCCCGUCGGUCUACUCCGGGUGACCGUGAGUUUGACCACAAACGAAGGAUGUUAUGUAAGGAAAUUGGGAAAAGCUUGCGUAAGGACCGAGAAGCCUGGUGGUCGGAGCAUGGUAAUGAGCUGGAAGCAGCGGCUGCAUAUGGUAACUACCGGAAGCUCUUCCAACUCAUCCGAGCCACUGGCAGCAAGAAGUCUGGUGUGAGCGAAACUAUCUGCGAGAAUGAUGGGAUGCCAAUCACUAACAUCCAUUGACGUCUUGGACGAUGGGCAGAAUUUUUCGAAGGGCAGUUCAACUGGCCUGCUGCUCCGACAACAUCGGUCAGAAUGUCCUGCACUCCAUGGCCGGUGACGACUGAUCCACCAAAUGAGGCGGAAGUCCGCAAGGAACUCCAACUCUUGAAGCGUUACAAACCACCUGGCCCAGAUGACUUACCUCCGGCUUUUUUUAAAGAUGGUGGUGACUUUCUGACUAAGGAAUUGACGACGUUGUUUACAAAGGUUUGGGAGCUAGAGAGUGUACCAACGUCAUGGAGUGAGUCGAUAGUUGUCCCUAUCUUUAAAAAGGGUUCACUUCGUUCCUGUUACAACUAUCGGAGGAUAAGUCUACUUCCGAUUGCGUCCAAGCUAUUGGCUUCCGUCAUACUUCGUAGGUUGUUCAAAACCCGAGAAAGAUUGACUCGCGAGGAGCAGGCUGGGUUUCGUUCUUGUCGAGGAUGUAUUGAUCAUAUCUUCACCCUCCGCCAAAUGUUAGAACACCGCCAUACUUAUCAAAGGCCAACAAUCGUAGUGUUUCUUGACAUCAGGGCUACCUUCGAUUUGUUGGAUAGGACUGUUCUCUGGGAUUGUCUAUUGAAGAAGGGUGUGCCUGAGAAGUUUAUUAACAUCCUAAAAGCCCUAUAUACAAACACUUUAAACAGAGUGAGGGCAUACAACCACCUCACUCCAUUGUUUCAUUCAAACAGUGGGGUUAGACAGGGUUGCCCAAUCUCACCAUUCCUCUUCAACUUUGCCAUCCAUGACAUUCUGUAAACAGCGCUGAUGGAUGUAAGUAAUGGCGGUGUGGAUCUGUUGCCUGGAGAAAGACUUCUGUACUUCGAGUAUGCGGAUGAUAUUGUCUUACUGUACAAUAAUACCCAAGGCAUGCAAUCCGCACUUAAUUAGUUGGCAAUCAGUGUCCGUAGGUAUGGUAUGUGCUUUGCACCUUCGAAGUGCAAAGUACUUCUACAAGACUAGCAGGAUUCUAAUACUCACCCUGGACGGUGAGCAGAUAGAAGUCGAGAAGUCCGUGUAUCUAGGUAGCUGCAUAAGUGCUGGUGGGGGUGUGAGUGAUGAGCUCAAUGCACGUAUAGUGAAAGCCAGAGCGGCUUAUGCCAAUCUGGGCCACCUUUGGCGCCUCCGUGAUGUUAGUCUGGCUGUAAAAGGUCGGAUCUACAACGCGUCGGUGAGAGCAGUUUUGCUCUAUGCUUGUGAAACCUGGUCUCUCCGAGUUGAGGACAUUAGACGACUCUCUGUGUUCGAUCAUCGUUGUCUCCGGGGGAUUGCUGACAUCCAGUGGCAACACCAUGUUAGUAAUGCAGAGGUUCGGCAUCGUGUGUUCGGGCACAGAGAUGAUAAUGCAAUCGAUGUCACCAUCUUGAAACACCGACUUCGGUGGCUUGGACAUGUUCUACGAAUGUCGUCCCAGAGAAUUCCACGUCGUGCAUUAUUUGCCGACUCUGGGACUGGUUAGAAGAAGCGGAGAGGUGGUCAGCGCAUGACAUGGUGUCGUGGCAUGAAAGAAAGCUGCAAAGGACUGGCUUGUGUUGGUCCUUCACGACUCCCCGGUUGGGGUCCGAGAGAUGGUGCUACACAGUGGCUAGAGACGUUAUCAGAUAUGGCUUAGAAUAGAAGCUAGUGGCGAUCCUGCUGUAACCUUCUUUUACUUUCUUCAUAAAAAAGUGGUUGUGUCUCCCUUAACUGAAAGACUUCUUCUGAUUGUAGCUUUCCGUUCCUUCAUUAUUACUACACUACCCUACACCAAUCCCUUCGUUAUUGUUUUCUUUUUUUUACACUCCUUACCUUUUUUUCUCUUCGAAUUCUCAUUGUUUUGUGUGGUGCAUAUAUAUUGGCGCUCUCUUGUACCAAUAUUUGUGUUCAAAUAAAUAAAUAAAAUAAAUUUGGAUACUCGGCGAGGUAACCAUAACGCACAAAAACCUUUGGCAGCUGCUGCGUUGCAAUGUGUAGUUGUUUUGAAGUCGCGACUUACUUUUGUGUUCCUGUACUUAUGGAAGCAAUGUACCGUUGAUAGCAUACUGGUAACUAUUAUCAUGCCCAAUGUGCAUGAGCACACUCUUACUGAAGUUAAUUCCUAACCUCCAGAUUUAGGACCAUCUAACUAGUUGGUUUAAGACAGCUUGGAGGUCGAGUGACCAGUCUCACUUCUUACUGCUCUCCAGAUUUUGACAUCGUCCGCAGACAAUAAUGACGAUGAACUAAGAGAUCGCGGUAAUUUAUUGACGUGGAGAAGGAGAAGUAGAAGACCUUAGAUGGUGCUUCCAUCCAGGUAGUGUCCCAUUUACUCUCACUUUCUGUCUUCGACCGCAGAGGAAGUUUCUCAUCCAUUCCUGUAUAUUACCAGCUAUUCCGAAUCUCGAGAGCUUCUGCAUAAGACCUAAGUGAGAGACCUUACCAAAUGCUUUGCUUAAGUCUAUGAAUAUAUCAACAGCACACUGUUAUCUUGGGCUGCUGUCCAAUCCUCUCUCGCAAUAAGUAAUUUGCCUAAAAAUGAAUGCUUAUAUCGAAAACUGUGUUGUUCGGGAGUUAACAGAUCGUAUGAUUCUAUGUGACUUAGUAAUUUAACCCGAAUCACCUUUUCAAGUAACUUAACCACUAUUUGGUCAGACUGACAGGCCUGCAGUUAGACACAAUCAGUCAGUAACAACGCAGAACUUCGUACGUACGUACAUCAGUUCAAGUUGCCACACCACAUUAGCACAGAGACGCAGUGAUCGACUCAAAUCCCGUAGAGCUAGAUGUAGUAAAAUUAAAAGCUGUAAUCAGAAAAAUUAGGGUUUGAAGAUGUUAUUCAAGGAGUAUAAUCCAGUGAAAUAAAUUUGGAAAGAGAAAAAAAGGGACAUGAAGAAUUCAGAAGAUUAGAAUUUAGGAGAACACAAAGAGUGGAUGCACCUGCGCCAUUGCAAACGAUUUUGAGCUAUGUCAUUCAGGGUCUCUAACUAUCGGUUGCUAUCAUCUCGCGGUCCCCAACCAGGUAGUCUACACC